AUGGUUGUCAAGCCUCCACCAGGACAUUUCAAUGUCCUCUACUUUGCCAGUGCUGGCUCCUUUACGGCCAAGGAAUUCGAAUCUUUCCCAGCGCCAUUGCCCAUCAGUAAACUGUUUGACCUUUUGGAAACGCGACAUGUCGGCAUCAAGGCCAAGAUUUUGGACUUUUCACUCGUGACUGUCAACUUGAAUUAUGUCGACUUGCCUGAGAAUGUUGAGGACCCCAAUCAGCUUGUGAUCAAAGAGGGCGAUGAAGUUGCCAUUAUCCCGCCUGUCAGCUCUGGCUGA